AUGGUUUGUCUAGUGCUGGUGCUGCUGUGCGGUGUGCCGUACCUGGUCGCCCACCCGUCCACCGUCGCCUCCAAUCAACCCGCGGUCAACCCGGAGCAAAGGCACCUGCUGAGGCAGAUCGGUACGCUUGGGCUGCUCGUCGGUGCGGUGGAAGCGGAGGCCGCCAUCGAGGCCCGUCUGGAGCAGCUCCUGCGAGAGUUCGAGCGGUCGCGCCCGCAGGAUGUCACCCGCCGCCUGGCCAACAUCGAUCGGACGCUCGAGCGUGCCCAACUUUCGCUGGAAAUCCUUGGAGCCGGGCUCGAUCUAACGGCUGGCCUCAUCCCGACGGCAGCCCCCGCUCAGCUGCGCCGCGAGCUGCAAAAACGUGCGCAGCAAGCAGUCGGGCGGCGGUCCCGGGCCGUGGCUCGCGUCGGAAACGGAACGGCAACGCAGGUGAAGCGGCAGGUCGAGCGGCAGCUGGUGGAAAUGCGUCGCCAGUUGGCCCCGCGCCUCGAGCGCACCGUUCGCCAGCUCGAGCGGCAAAAGCAGCAGCAGCCGGGCGGGCUGCAGCUCACCCUUACCGCCACCAUCGGCACGGAGGCGGUCCAGCGCCUGCUCGCCCAAACUCUCCCGCAGGCCGGCGCACGCCUGUCGGAGCUGGUGCGCAACGGGCUGCAGACUCACCUCCGGCGAAUCGUGCAACGUCGCCAGGGCGAAGAGGACGACGAGGGUGAAGACAGCGAUCGGAAGGAAGGCGAAACGAACGAGCUCGCGGUGUCGGUGGACGGUCUCGGGGAGAAGUCCGAGUCGCAGGAAUCGGAAGCGUCGGAGUCCUCGGAGGAAGGGCCCGGCGGGUUGGUGGGUCUGAUCGCGGGGCUGAGCGGUGGUGACGAAGGGUCCGACGUCGGGGCCCUCAUCGGGACGCUGUCCGGGCUGGUGACGAACCUGUUCGGCCCAGGCGGGCUGGACGUGCCGGGACUGCUCGGAACGGGUACGUCGCUGAUCGCGGGCCUGCUCGGGGGUGAUGACAAUUUCGGCAAGGUGCUCGGCAGCUACGUUGGCAUCGCGAUCGAGGGCUUAUCCGGUGGGGGCGCUGACAUGAACGGUGCGUUCUUCGGUAACUUCCUCGGAGCGCUGAUCGCUGCCCUCAGCUCGGAUCCGGAGGAUGAAAACCUUCCGCUCAAGCCGAAGCUGUUCGUGCAGAACUUCUUCAGCGGGCUGGAGGAGGCGAAGCGCAAGGAAGACCCGAACGCGGACGCCGAGCAGUGCUGCCAGAAGGGUUCCGAUCUGUUCGCGUUCCUCGGCAACAUCGUGUCGUCGGUGGUCGGUGGCGUCACGAGCCUGGUGCUGAACGCGUCCCUCGGCUCGUCGGGUGGCUCCUCGCAGGGUUCCGCCGACGCGUCCGGCGCGUCCUCCGCCGGUUCCAGCGGUGGCGGUGUCCAUCCAACAGCUACCGCCCGCUAA